GGUUUCCCUCCCCAGCUAAACCUAAAUAUUUCCCUCUCCCAAAUCUAGUUCAACUCCAACCUUCGCCAAAAUUCAUUUCCCUUUUCUCUCUUCUCUUUCCUAUCCUUUCCCUUUCUCCUUCUCAGUGUUCAUGCCAUCAUCGUCCGAUCGAAAGGGCCAACCGACGUUCUCUUUGUGGGACAGUUCUCCAAUAGCACAAAUCUGACAUUCGAUCCAAAAAAUUUGGUUAACCUUGACGACUUUUCGACUUGAUCCAGCACUGGGGACCUUGGAUCCAUGUUUCAGACUUCGAUCGACCCUUCGGUGGAGCUGACUAGUGUGUGCCUGGAGGACAGAUUCGAUGUUGGCGGUUCUGGAUCUCCGAUGCUCGAUUUGGCGGGCCUCUUUCUCCGGCGCAACCACUGAACUUCUCAUUCCUUGUGCUUCAAAAUCUGAUGUUUGAAUGUCUAAAAGAGAGCAGCAUUGUUUUUCUGGAUAUCAUGUUUGGCAUAUUUAUUAACUAUAUCAGGAUAAAGCGAGCAUCUCCAAAGAUCAGAAAUGGUAACUCAAUGGAGGAAUCACUUAUUUAUGUUGAGACUAAUAUAGAAGAAAAUAAUCAAAGUGACCAUGCUGCACCUAAUUCAUUUGCUAAGGCUGGGGCAUAGUUGAUUUUCUCUUUCUAUGAAAGAUUCAUGCAAAAGUUUGUUCAUCUCCUUUUCACUUUAAUUUUGUUAUGCAUUUAUCAAGUUUCCAUUUGCUUUUCAAUCUUUAGAUGAUUAUGAAUUUCAAGUUCUUAAUGUAUUAGCCUAUAGGAUUUUGAGGUUAUGUAACUGAUGCAAAAGAUAGAAUUAAUUUUAACAUCUAUU